ACACAGAACAUCAGGGAGGUGGGAAAUCUGGGAAAAGGGGAUUGGAUGUCAGAUCUGGAAAAACAAAUUCACAGUCAAGUCUGUUGAGCCACAGAGAGACUCUACACACACAGCAUAGCAACAUGGGAGAGCAAAAGCUGAGACAUGAGCUUGUUAAUGGGUUGAAUGGGCACUUGUUGGGGAUAAAAGAGUUGAUUCGGAAGUCCCUAGAGGCCAAAAAGUUCGCCUACUGCCCCUACAGCAAGUUCCGAGUCGGGGCGGCGCUCCUGACACACGACGGGACGGUUUUCACAGGCUGUAAUGUGGAAAACGCGUGCUUCAACUUGGGAAUCUGUGCUGAGAGAACGGCCAUCUCAAAAGCUGUAUCUGAGGGCUACAGGGAUUUCAAAGCCAUUGCUAUUGCGAGUGAUUUGUGUGAGCACUUCAUUUCCCCCUGUGGAGGCUGUAGGCAGUUCAUGAGGGAGUUUGGUGCUAACUGGGACGUGUAUAUGUCCAAACCUGACGGUUCCUUUGUGGAGAUGACCGUUGAGGAACUGCUGCCUGCGUCUUUCGGUCCAGAAGACUUAAGAAUGAAGAAAGUGAAUAUUCGGAAUGAGUUUUGAAGAGCCAAGAAAGUCUUAGUACCUCAGAGUUUUACCGUCUAGUUAGAAAGAGGAUUAAUGGUGUUUAAUAAUG